UCCACUAUUAUAACAACAACAACAACAACAACAAAAUAAUAUCAUUAUUAAGACCUAAUGUGCCAUAUAUUGAAUGAAUUUUGAUCCGUUAAUGCCAUUUAUUGGACUCAUUUAUUACUAGUCACAAAAAAUUUUUUUUUAGUGAACGAUAAUAGCCGUACAGUCAUGCAAAGUAUGAGUGCCAACAACAAUGGACUGUCCACUGCAGUGGUGACAGUCGUUAAAGAUAGCGCACAGUCGGCACCGACAUCUCCCAUAUACAAGUCAACCGUACAACAGGACAGGGAUAACAACAACAACAACAACAAUAAGACGGCCACCAAUGGUAGACAUAUGUCCAGUGCGGCCAAGUUUUUCACAUUUCGUUGGCUGUUUCGGGGAUCGAAAAACUCGUCGUCGGCAUCAAAAAGACGACGACUAAAACAGAUUAAYGACAAAACCAAAGAAAAAUUACAGACCAUUGGCCAGAAUACGGCUAAACGGCUAUUGAAACAGAGCUACUCUUUCGAUGAUAUCCAACAGUUUCUGAUUAAUGCACAACAAAACAACAAGUCUACCGGUGCUAACAAUAAUGGCUGUAGUGUUGGCGGUGGUGCCAGUAAUGCCGCUCUCGAUGUCGACACCACCACCACCACCGCUGACAACCGAUUGGCAGACGAUUGUUGUUCAUCAUCAUCGGCGGCCAACAACCGAAAACAUUGGCAAACGAUCUGCAAAUCGAGUCUCGAAAUUCCCGACCGAAGAAAAGAUGACCAGAUAUUUGUCGGCCAUAAUAACAAGUCUAGUCUGAAGUCGUCUAAAUACUGGACACGGAUUAAGUGUAAACUAUGUCUAACCGAUCGUUUCAGUUAUGAGAUGCACUCAAUCUGGUCGUGUGGUUGCGCUUUCUGUAAAACGUGUUUAACACAAUAUUGCGAAACAUCGAUACGCGACGGAAAGGUAUCGUUUGUCGGCUGUCCCGACGGUCUGUGUCCACAGUUGACCGCCAAAAACAAUCAGAUAUCGUCGCGCGAAAUCAAACUACUGGUUACGCCCGAUAUGUACGACUCGUACAAACGCUAUCGACUGAAUUGGCUGAUCGAAAGAGAUCCGACCCGAACCUGGUGUCCGACGCCUAACUGCGAAACUGUAUGCUAUAUACGACAGGCCUCGAAACAUAAGGACAGUAGCAAAAAGCCGAUACCUUUCUACUGUACAACUUGUAAUAAAACAUUUUGCUCUGCGUGCCGAAGGAACUGGCAUUUGGGCGUCGACUGCAAAAAGUUUAGCGCACAAGAAGAAGUUUUGUUGGACGAGUCGUCGCCAAUUAAGAGAUGUCCGUUUUGUUGUAUACUAAUCGAGAGGGACGAGGGCUGCGCUCAGAUAAUGUGCCGCAACUGUAAACACGUGUUUUGUUGGUUUUGUUUGGCCUCAUUGGAGGACGACUUUCUAUUGCGUCACUACGACAAAGGCAAAUGCAAGGACAAGUUGGGCCAUUCGCGAGCGUCGGUAAUCUGGCACCGGACCCAAGUGGUCGGCAUAUUUGCCGGUUUCGGACUACUUAUACUAUUGGCGUCGCCGAUGUUCAUACUGGCCGCCCCCUGUCUACUAUGUUGCCGAUGUAAUGCACUGUACAAAUACGGUGACGACCAGACGGAUGUGGUCACUACCGACGACGACGGCGGCGGCGAGUUUGAUCCCAUCAACAAUAAUAGUAGUAAUAGCGGCGGCGGCGGCGACAGUGAUAUCGGUAACAAAAGUGGCACUAUUUUAUAA